AUGCCUCAAACGCGGGCUCUCCACGCUCAAGGCAAUGUCCGGUUCAUGAAGAGCGCUUUCGUCAAGCAGACUUUGGGCGAUCAAGUCCUUUGGACAGAAGAAGACAGAUCGGUCGUCGUCCGCGAUGGGCACUCGGUCGCAAUUCGGAUCUAUCGCCCCAAAUCACAUCCCGGACCCCGACCAGUCAUGGUUCUUGCGCACAGCGGUGGAUUGUGCAUGGGUGGACUGGACACGGAGGAGUUCAUCUGUCAGCUCCUGUCUAUGAGGCUGGGCAUCGUCGUCGUCAGUGUCGCAUAUCGCCUCGCCCCGGAACGGUUGUAUCCCACCUGCGUCUACGAUGUUUACGAUGUCAUUAAAUGGCUAUCAGUCAAUACCCAGACCAUCGGUGCAGAUUUGUCCAAAGGCUUCCUCACAGGCGGCGUUUCAGGGGGUGGGAACACGACAUGCAUGGCUGCUAUUAUGGCGAGAGACGAUAAACUGCAGCCUCCUCUGACAGGACACGUCUUCAUCUGUACCGGCAUGCCCCACGAUUACACGGACCAGAAGGGGCACAAGCUCUCCCUCUUCCCAGAACAGUUGUUGAAAGGGAGUUGGGAAAGGUAUAAAAAUGGGCCGGUGGCUACUCGGGAGAUGAACAUCCUGUAUGGCCGUAAGUUAUGCUCACUUCUAUUCAAGGCUGCGAACAGAGCUCACACCAGUGAUACAGAAAUCUCUCAAUUCGACGCGCGAGAUCCCUAUGUGACCCCUUUGACGCAGACAGACUACUCUGGACUGGGUCCGGUGUUCUACCAAGUCGCCGAGAUGGACAUCUGGAGGGACAGUGCCCUUUUCUACUGCGAGAAAAUCAAGGAGGCCGGCGGCCAAGUCAAGGUGGAGGUAUAUCCUGGCGUGCCGCAUCUGUGGUGGUCCAUGUACCCGCAGCUUUCGAUCAACAGGAAGUGGAUUCAGAAUCUGGUCAACGGCGUCGAGUGGCUGCUGAGCCUGCAACGGGGUGGCGCUGCUCUCCCUUCUAGACUCUAG